AUGGAUCAUUCUCUACAAAACCACGCUUCCUAUAUUGGCCGUCCGGUCUCGGAACUUCCGACCCCAGCUCUCAUCCUAAGUAAGCCGGUGCUGGAGCGGAACACCCAGAUCUUGUUGGAAGAUGUCAAACAGUUGGGGAUUGAGUUUCGGCCCCAUGUCAAGACCCUGAAGUGCACCGAGGUCACGCGCAUGAUGCUGGGCGACGGCAUGCACCGUCGGAUCGUUGCAUCGACACUAGCCGAGAUUCGGGGAUCGUUGGAUCUUGUUAAGGAAGGCAAGAUAGACGAGUGUCUGUACGGCCUACCCGUCUCAGCCAGUGCACUGCCCUUCCUCGAGGCUCUAAACAAAUCCCUGAAGAUUAUUCUUAUGGUCGACAGCGAGCAGCAGAUAGAUCUCCUCGAAUCCUACGCUGCCAAAUCAUCUUCUCCCGUAGUACCGUGGCCCGUCUUUAUCAAGAUCGACGUCGGCUCCCAGCGCGCCGGAAUGACCACACACUCACCAUCCCUCCCAAGAUUAAUCCAGCGCAUCGAGUCGUCGUCUACAGCCACCGUCUACGGCUUCUACUGCCAUGCCGGGCACUCAUAUGCAUGUCGCACUGAGGAUGCCGCCGCUGCUGUACUCCAGACCGAAGUCGAGGGUGUAGUGGAAGCCGCCAAGGUCCUGGUAGAUGGCAAAAAUGAUAGACAGAUCGUUGUGUCUGUGGGAUCAACACCCACAGCACAUGUGGUGAAGAGACUCCAAGGCGCAUUACCAGAGGGGAUGGAGUUAGAGUUACAUGCUGGAAACUACCCGGCCAACGACCUCCAGCAAGUAGCGACCUCGCUUGUGGAACCGACGCAACAGGCGGUGCGCAUUCUCGCCGAUGUCUGCAGCGUAUAUCCCGAUCGCAACGAGGCGCUCGUCAAUGCGGGGACUAUUGCACUUUCGAAGGAGACGGGAGAGUUCCCCGGGUUUGCGGUUGUCGUCGAUCGGCCCCAGUGGAGUGUUGUGCGGAUGUCGCAGGAACAUGGGAUCCUGGGGUGGACGGAGUCGGAUCAGACGCGCAGGCUUAUUGAGAAGACGGGGUCGAAGUCUAGUGAUGGAGAGAAGGUGGAGGCUGCGUUUGUGGUUGGGGAUAAAGUUUUGCUGUAUAUUCAGCAUGCUUGUAUUACGGCUGCUAUGCAUUAUGCUUACUAUGUUGUUGAUGAACAGGAUAUUGUUAGGGAGACGUGGGUUCCAUGGAAGGGGUGGUGA